UAACGAAGGCUAUGUGCAUAUGACCGUUAACCAUAGUCUCUAUUUCAAAGACCCGGAGACAGGCGUCCAUUCCAACACGAUUGAGAGUUCAUGGAGGCAUUCAAAAGCCUCCAUGUCAAACUACUGUCGGAAAAAAACAUUUUAUGCAGGAUACUUGGCCAAGUAUAUGUUUACGAAACACUGUCGGUCGCAUAAAUUGGACCCGACAGCUGAAUUUCUCAAACAAGCCGGUUUAGUUUAUAAUAAAAAUAACACCGAACACGAUGGUCACAGUGGCAAUGAAGAUAAUAGCGACGACAGCGACGACAGCGACGACAGCGGUGACGAGGAUAAUAUAUACGGUGAAUAUGAUGAGCAGGAUGACGAGAAUGAAGAUAGCAAUUAGCAAUGGAAAUUUCGACGGGAACGAUUAAACGACAACGACGGGAACGACAAAGAGCUUCGGUAUUAUUGUGCAGUUGACGGUUAUUCUGUAAUAAUUAGAUAAUUUAUCAUAAUAAAUAAUAAUAAUGAAAAUACACAGUUGUACUAUCAACAUAAUAAUAAUCGUAUAGGUAUAACAUAACUAAUACUGACAAACAACCACAGAAUAGGUGAAAUCACCUAUUCUGUAUAAAAACCACAAAUAAUAAAAUAAUGACAUUUA